CGUUCACGAACUCUUUUCACGAACUCUUUUGUUUUCCAGGCUGCCCAGAUCAAAUACCAAGCCAAGCCGGGAAACAUGUCAUGAUUUCUUGACUUAGGCUGGUUAAGGAACACUAUACAAAUGAAAGGUAUGUUGAGUGCAUAAAAUAAUUUUAACAAUGCUUUAGAGUUGUGACUGUUUUGGACCAAAGGGGUUGAGCGAAGUGCGGUUUGAGUGUGUAGUACAGGUUAACGAACAUUGUCAAAUCACUGGCGCGACUUCUUUUUCCAAGAGGGAAAGUAAACGGAACAGAAACUGAGAAAUUUGCGCUUUUAAAGAAUUGAACCGGUAUACUUAACGGAAACUUGAAGUCAAUAAAAGAGAGCGAAUAUUAUUGUGCAUGUUGAAAAAGGUGCCUACACAUUUUGCCUUUCAUAAUUAACUGAAGAAGGUUUACUUUUAUUAAAAAGUCAUCUUAUUAAAGCACUAUAGUUGUUUUUAAGCCAAAUGUUAAAUAUGAGCCUGUUUGUCACUGAUGUAGGUUUCGGGAUUAAAGUCUCUUUAAGGCAGCUGAUAUUAAAUGAAACCGGCGCCUGAAGCGCGUUAGAUCGAAGAAAUAGGGCAAUAAUAUAUCUCAUAAAAUGUCCCAAUUUCUUUCUGCCCAACCGAUCAUCUUCAAUUCGCGUGAUAAGAAUUUGACAAUUUCAAACAACUGAGUGGCAAUUUAUUAUUUUACCGAAACGUAAAAAAUACUUUCCGCCCCCAAGUCGUUGUAGUAGCGUGUUAGAUCGAAGAAAUAGGGCAAUAAUAUAUCUCAUAAAAUGUCCCAAUUUCUUUCUGCCCGACCGAUCAUCUUCAAUUCGCGUGAUAAGAAUUUGCCAAUUUCAAACAACUGGUGCCAAUUUAUUAUUUUACCGAAACGUAAAAAAUAAUUUCCGCCCCCCAAGUCGUUGUAGUCAGUAUUGGAUGGUAACCCCGUUAAGUUGAGGCGCGUGUGUUUUUUUAUAGGUAAAAUCUCCUCAGUCACAGUAUUAAGCACCGCUGAUGUAAUAAUUAAGGUGACAGUGUUAAUAAGGAUUGUUUCCUUUUUUCUUAUAAAUAUUUUCUAAUUAUAAUAUAUCCGAAUAUCAUCGAUCAUCAAGAUAUGCAGUGUUCGAACUAAAAGCUCUCAAAGAGUUUAUGUGAACAAGAAUUUUAAGCGCUUCUAAGUUUUACAUCCCAGAGAUAACAUUGUUUUCGCAACCAACACGACUCAAAUUGAUGUUACCAGAGCUCUCAGCCUGAAUGGGAUAACUGCGCGUCUCUCCCAGGCAGAGCUCUAACAAAGCCGGCUAUAACAAAGCCACUGGCGAAAAUUAUCAGUCUAUGCCUUUUAAAUAGAGUCUUUCGGGCCUCACGGAGAAUAGCAGAAGUAACUUCAGUAUUCAAGGCAGGUGAUCACACAAAUGUUUGGCAACUAACAGUGAUCUAUCUAUUAGUAUGCUGUUUGUGGUGUCUAAGUUACUCAUUUGUGAGAGUUCGUGGAAAAUUUUGGCGGCGAAGCCGCCAAGUUUCUCUCCAAGCCCGCUCAACUGAGCCUGCUUACAGCGGCAGCGGCUUGUUUUCUAAUUCGAUUCCAACGAUAUCGGAGUUCCACAAGGGUCUAUUUUGUGACAGUUUCUAUUCAUCAUUUCAUUAACAAUGUCCCGUUGCUCACACGUACGUCUGCAAGUUGCAGUAGGCCAUAUUGUAUUAAAAGUAGUAGAACCUUUAAACCAGGGCCUUAGCUUGAUAUAGCAUCGACUAAUGGGCAACAAAUGAACUUAAAACAAUAAAAACAAUUCAACGGACAAAUGCAACGGCUACUCGAAUAUGCUGUAGAUUAAUUUACCAAAAGAAUGUGCUGAUGUUUUCAGUCAUACGGCGAAACUAAUGUAGGAGUGGAAGUGUAUAUAAUCGUGAAACAAUGAACAAAUCCUCGAAAGUAGCGAUCUCCCGAAAAUGGAGACCUCAAAACGAAGCAGAGACGUCAGACCUCAAAACGAAUCUCCCUUUUUGCAAAAAAUAUCGGAUAUGAUAGAUAUCCUGAACAAAUGGCACACUGAUCAGAAGUUUAUUAAUAAUGAUUAUUUGACAUUCCUACUCAUAUUUCUUAAAUUACGCGAUAUACAUUAUCUUUUUUCAAAAAGUAUUCUUUUCACAUUUUUUCGAUUUUAUUUUUUUGAAGCACCUAGUGUGGAGUAAACGUAUUAGCCAUCCGAAGGUAACGACUCCCCGAAAGUAGCGAUAGCAGAAGGGUGCUAAAUCCGAAAGUAAAACGGAGGGUCGCUACUUUCGGAACUUUCCGAUGAAAUAAUUAAUUAAGGAUAGGUGUGGCCUGAGUUCCCAUUUUUUGUUAUGUACAGGAAGCUUCCUUCCUUAUUAUAUAAACAGCAAUGAAAUACCAAGUGAACUUUUGCGCGAAAACUUGAUACCGUAAGAGUUCAACAAUAAGCCCAGUGGUUUAUACUUUUCAAAGACCCUUUUUGAGGGGCUUAUCUACUGAGGGGAAUUUGCGUUUACAAAUCGAUUGGGCUAGCCUUAUGGUUCGAAGUAAAUUUACCGUUUUUGCUUUGUUUUACUUUGUAUUUGAGGGCAAUUUUCCAAGUACAAGCCCCCGGGGAGCUUAUAUUUGGAGGGGCUAUUUAAAGGAGGGUUUUUUUGCGUCACCGGUUUGGAGGGCUUAUAAUUGGAGGGACUUAUAUAUGGAGGGGCUUAUUUUCGGAAUUUUACGGUAUCUUCACAUGUGAAAUAAUCACCGUUGCUAUGGCUGCAUAAUAUGAUAAAUCGUACCAUUUACACCAAAAAACUAUUGAAGUAAAAUGGUUUGGUAUUUCUUGGUGUUUAUCAAUAAAUAGAAUAUUACAUUGUCGCUUCUUGUGUUGAAAAAAAUUUUUCUCGAGUGAGCGCAACACUUGAAGAGAAAUUUCGUAUCUCCGCCCGGCAUGUAAUAUCCUCUAUCUAUCACCCUAGAUGUUUGUUGUCCAAUUUCAAAGCCGUACGCCUGGCAAACCAAUGAAGUUAGUGCAAGUAACAACGUAAUCCGAACGUAAUAAUUUACUCUCCAUUUAUAUAGAUCUUGCUUCCUAAUAAGAAUGAUUUGCUUCAGUCUUUUCUGUUACUUCUCAGAACCUAAAUUAGAAGCUAUAUCUGAAUCCUAAGAGAGCACAUCGUUGACUGUUAUUCUUGUUCAGAUCGGAUUGGAUAUGAAUCUAUGAAAGCAAGACUGUCCAUAUAAAGUUGACCCCCAAUAACUCAAACCAGAAUUGAUUUUCCCUGGAUUUCUUUCACACAAAAACUGUAAUGAUUCUCGGUAACUCGAAAUCUCGACAACCUCCCGAUAACUCGAAUCCUUCAGAUCACUUCUAUAUAAUUUACCCCCGAUAACUCGAACCACUUUCAGCUCGUGACAAGUCCAGGAAAAAAAACAUAUAAUACACUCCAAAACACUGAACUUUUUUUUUUCAAAACAACCGUGUACUCUUUGUCUUCACUUUUCAGUUUGUCUGUCCAUGUCCAUGAUACUUGCAUUCCUUCUCCAUCCUAUUUACUUAUCUCCUUAUUUCCGGUCAAAAUUUGCUUCGAACACACGAUAAGUCGAACUCUUUUGGAUUUCCCUUGAAGGUUCGAGUUAUCGGGAGUCAACUGUAGUAAAGUGAAAUUUGAAGAUUUCUUGGUUAUGAUUGGCGUUAAAUUAUUAGUCAUGGGAUAUAUUGAAAAUUAUUUUCAUUAGACUAUCCCCCUUUAAAAUUCUGAGAAAUUUGUAAAGAACCAGGCCUUAAUCUAUACUUGAGUACCUCCAACGAAUUAAAUGAAAUAGCUGAUAACCACAUGAGCUUCUUCAAUUGCGUUUUCGUCUAUUUGAACAGGUGAAUCUCUCUAAAUACAUUGUUAUCCCUUUGGAUAACAAUGUUUUCACAAGAGUCUCUCACCGAUAAUUGCAAGAUUUUUGCUCUCCUAAUUCACCUUUUUUGGUGAAGAGUUGCCAACUGUAGGGAUCACCAGUGUGUGUGUGUGUGGAAUGGAGGGGGCUGGCCUUUGCUAAAGGUUCCACUAUAACCCGAAAUGGUUUUGUUCAUCUCCUUUUGUUAAAUGAAACGGUAGAUGACUUGCCACACAGGUUGUCAUAACGUCAACCCCGGACGAUCAAAUACCACUUACUUAUAUGACUCCUGGAUUGAAAUCAUUUACUAUAAAAGAGACGAAAUUAAGAUCAUACAUCAGAUAAACGCAUUUUUAAAAUACGAUUGAAAACGAAAUUAUAUCGAUAGAAGGCAACCGCGACUCCUUCGCACAGUGUGGGGAGCGGGGGGAAUACCGGUUAAUAGUUAUGUGAGGUAUGGCCUCUUGUCACAAGUAGUUUAUAGUUAAGGAAAUCAGUAAUAUUUCGGUGAUUUUUAAAAUUGCCUUAGAAUAACGAGUUUACAGUGGUUGACCGCUAGACACAGCUCUGCUUAAUAAACACAAGUUUGACUGUAAUAUGUUUUGUUAACAAUCGGCUGUGCGUAAAACUCCUUACUAUAAACGAGUCGUGAAAGUAAAGCGUCUAAAAACUACACCGAGCAAUGUUUUUCUUUGUUCUUUUUAUUUCGUUGUUUUUCUCGCGGAGUUUUUGCAGCUUUUGCUGUCGAGUACUUGCUUUUCAGUUCCUUUCAGCUUUUGCUUGUUUAACCUCUUCAUAAAAAGCCUUGACAGAAAAUAUCAUUUUUGACAAGAAUAUCAUAUCUUUUUUCGGACGUUGUUUAUAUAAGGCUAUCUUUUCUUGACAUAGCUGCCUCGAUACUAAUUGCACUAGAAAGUGCCUAACUGACCCAAUUUUUGCCUUAAUACUCUUUAAACCUCGGUUGCUAUCGGAAACGAUUCAAUUAACGGAGGAUCUUUUCAGGCGCAGAUCGUUUGUAAGGACGAAUACGUUUGGAGCGGGCUUUUAAAGCACUUUUAUUGCCAAGGUUACUGCAGGCAAAACGAGGGCAACAAAACAUACACCCUUAACUGCAUUAUUAAAAGGUAGCACUGAGUCACAGUUUAAGACCUAAAAAAGAAGAAAACAUUAGGCAAAUUAACAUAUCUCUUUUCUUUCUUUCUUUAGUUCUUAUUGUAGGAGAAAAUACCAGCCCAACUCGAGUAACUAAUUGAAAGAGAGCAAUGAAAUGGACGUAAGAAAUCAGACCAAUCGCUCCACGGAGGCAACUUUACCAGUGGACCUCUUCAUAGAACCGCGUGGAUCGCGAGUAUUUAGACCGGUGCUCUUUUCCUUCAUCAUCUUGGCAAGCUUGGUUGGUAACGCGCUCGUCUUGAAAGCCGUGAUCGGACUGCAUCUCCGUUGCAAACCGUUCGCCUAUUAUUUGGUAGCAAACUUGGCUGUUGCAGAAGUAAUCAGCUCAAUAUGCCAGCCAUUUGUGAUGACGUAUCAAGAAAAGUACACCUGGAUCUUCGGCGAUUUCGCCUGUAAGCUACUGAUCCCGCUCCAAGUCUUAGCAACCAUUGUAGUCACCUUCAACCUAGCGGCUAUUGCAGUGUAUCGCUAUCGUGCUCUUACCAUAACCUCAAUUGGAAAGAAAAUGACAUCAAUAACCUUGGCAACGGUUAUUGGAGUUAUGUGGGUGCUAGCACUUUCAAUUUCGUUUCCUUUGUUUGUUACAAGGAUUCUAAUAGAAUACCCAUCUGGUCAUAAAGUGUGUGUGUCAAAAUUUUCUGGUAUUGAGAUAUACAACAUAAUAAGAUUUGCACUGACAUUUCUAUUUCCUUACUUGAUAAUGUCGUGGUCUUACGGCGCUGUUGCACUGAAAAUCAAGCGCCAUAUCCGACACAACGUCAUUGAACGCACACGACUUUCGCUGUACUCCGAUGAAAGCCGAGACACAAACGAUGGUCGAUCGAACAGAUCUGAUAGGCAGGUACAAUUGGAAUACAACAAGCAGCCAAGAGGAAGCAGAACCGGCGCAGAACAGGAGUUCGACUUAUUGAGAAUGAUAUAUGUGAUUAUCAUUUCAUUUGUAGUAUGCUAUGCUCCAUACCAAGCCCUUUUUCUGUGGGAAUACACAACAGGACCUAGCAGUUGGCGCUUUCCCUUUCAUGAAGUUUUGCGCAACUAUUUUUAUAUUCUAACCUGCUUGCCAGGUGCAAUUCAUCCUCUCUGUUAUGGCACCAUGAACAGAUUCUUUGCAAGAGCAUUUUCCAGAAUUGUAAUGUGCAGGCGUUGACUCUCAGUAAUAGGACAUCAAUAACGUUUGCUGAAAUUUAGCAUGACUGCCCUUUCGAGAAAACACGCGUUACUUUCUCAUCCACUUGAAACUAAAGACACUUUUGAUCGGCUGAAAUGUUCACUCACCGCGGUAGCGGUGGUGGUAGUAGGUAAAGUAGUGGUAGUGGUAGUGGUAGUGGUGGUGGUAGUGGUAGUGGUAGUGGUAGUAGUAGUGGUAGUCGUAGUGGUAGUGACAGUAAUAGUGGUAGUGGGAGUGGUAGUGAUAGUAGUAGUGGUAGUGGUAGUGGUGGUGAUAGUAAUAGUGGUAGUGGUAAUGGUAGUGAUAGUGUGGUAGUGGUAGUGGUAGUGUUAGUGUUAGUGGUAGUGGUGGUGGUGGUGGUAGUGGUUGUGGCGGUGCGGAUGGUCGUGGUAGUAGUAAUAGAAGUAGAAAACGAUAUUGCACAAAUUACUGAUAAAACAGGAAACAAAUACUACAACAUCGAAUCUCAUUCUAAGGUGUGGUCAUGCGUUCGUACAGAGGAACGCGUGAUGAAGAAGAACGUCUGCGAGGGAGGCUGCUUCUCAUUUACUUUGAGUGGUUAUGUGAUUGCUUCCUUGUUUGAUGUGGUUGUCUUUGGUAUUCUAGGUCAAGUAGUUCCUUUUUCUAGUGCUGGUUCAACCGCCGACUGGUUAGCUCAGUUGGGAGAGCGCCAGUCUGCUGAGCAGGAGGUCGAGGUUUCAAACCCCGGCCGGACCGAAAUUCGUGGUCUUGAAAAAACUGAGAAGAAAGUGCUGCCGUAGUAAUGACAUCUGCAAACGGUUAGACUUUCUAUUCUUCUCGAAUAAGGACGAAAAACCUUAGGUCCCGUCUCACAAAACUUUCACAUUACGGCUUAUGUGUGGGACGUAAGAGAACCCACACCACUGUUCGAAAAGAGUAGGGGAAGUAGACCCCGGUGGUGUGGCCAACCUUUUCUGGGCUGGGUGGGUUAUCUAUAAGGAGAGAUCUUAAUAUACUAGGGAUAACCUCAUGAUCCUCCUUCAGGUGUCGUUAUGGCAACCUGUGAAUGUAAGUCUGUAUGUCUAGGAUCCUAACUGAAUUGGUGCUCCUUUUAUUCAGUAUGGGUCUUGGUAAGGGUGACUACGAACAGAUUGAAGUCAAGUUACUUUUUUUUUUCUGUUUUAGUGUACAAUUAUUUCCGUAGCCUUACCUGUAGUUACGCGACGUUUUUGAGCGACGCACCUCAAUCGGAAAUGAGCCUUUUUCUCUUUUAAUACGCCUUGACGCU